GCCGGAGGAGGAGCGGCGCGGGGGAUGCGGCUGUGGCGGCGGCGGCGGCGGCCGAGCGCGGGGGUCGGCUGUGGCGGCGGCGGCGGGGGGCGCAGGCCGGCGAUGGCGCGGCGGCGCUGAGGGCGCAGGACGGGCGGCAGCCGGAGGGCGAGCGGCGUGGGCGGCGGCGGCGGCUCCAUGGCCCGGGCGCGCUGAGGGACGCGGCUCUCGCUUCAGCCCGGCGGCGGCGGCGGCCGAACAAUGAAGCUCCUGAAGCCGACCUGGGUCAACCAUAAUGGCAAGCCAAUUUUUUCAGUUGAUAUUCACCCUGACGGGACCAAGUUUGCAACUGGAGGACAAGGACAGGAUUCUGGGAAGGUUGUGAUCUGGAAUAUGUCUCCAGUCCUCCAGGAGGAUGACGAGAAGGAUGAAAAUGUCCCCAAGAUGCUUUGCCAGAUGGACAAUCAUUUAGCAUGUGUGAACUGUGUGCGGUGGUCAAACAGUGGGAUGUAUUUAGCUUCUGGGGGAGAUGACAAACUGAUUAUGGUGUGGAAGCGGGCUACGUACAUCGGGCCCAGCACCGUGUUCGGCUCCAGUGGUAAGCUUGCCAAUGUGGAGCAGUGGCGCUGUGUCUCCAUCCUACGGAGCCACUCAGGCGAUGUGAUGGAUGUAGCAUGGUCCCCCCAUGAUGCUUGGCUGGCCUCGUGCAGCGUGGACAACACUGUGGUCAUCUGGAACGCUGUGAAGUUCCCAGAAAUUCUGGCUACUCUGAGAGGUCAUUCAGGCCUGGUGAAGGGGUUGACUUGGGACCCUGUUGGUAAAUACAUUGCCUCUCAAGCUGAUGACCGCAGCCUGAAGGUGUGGAGGACGCUGGACUGGCAGUUAGAGACCAGCAUCACCAAGCCCUUUGACGAGUGUGGAGGAACGACCCAUGUGCUGCGGCUCAGCUGGUCACCUGACGGGCACUACCUGGUGUCUGCCCACGCCAUGAACAACUCUGGCCCCACCGCCCAGAUUAUCGAACGGGAGGGCUGGAAGACCAACAUGGACUUUGUUGGGCACCGGAAAGCUGUGACGGUCGUGAAAUUCAACCCAAAAAUCUUCAAGAAGAAACAGAAGAAUGGGAGCUCUGCGAAGCCUAGCUGCCCAUACUGUUGCUGUGCUGUUGGCAGCAAGGAUCGCUCGCUGUCUGUCUGGCUCACGUGUCUGAAGCGGCCAUUGGUUGUUAUCCAUGAGCUAUUUGACAAAUCCAUUAUGGACAUUUCUUGGACGCUGAACGGGCUGGGCAUCCUGGUAUGCUCCAUGGACGGGUCUGUUGCGUUCCUCGAUUUCUCCCAGGACGAGCUCGGGGACCCCCUGAGUGAGGAGGAGAAGAGCCGCAUUCACCAGUCCACCUAUGGCAAGAGCUUGGCCAUCAUGACCGAAGCCCAACUGUCUACUGCUGUCAUUGAGAACCCCGAGAUGCUUAAGUACCAGCGACGGCAACAGCAGCAGCAGCUGGACCAGAAGAGUACCACGGCCAGAGAGACAGGCUCCACUGCCUCAGUUGCUGGCGUCGUCAAUGGGGAGAGUCUGGAGGAUAUCAGGAAGAAUCUUCUAAAGAAACAAGUGGAGACUCGGACAGCGGAUGGCCGGAGGAGAAUCACACCACUCUGCAUAGCACAGCUGGACACCGGGGACUUCUCCACAGCGUUCUUCAACAGCAUCCCACUCUCGGGCUCCCUGGCAGGCACUGUGCUCACCUCACACAGCAGUCCACAGCUGCUGCCCCUGGACUCCAGCACCCCCGCCUCCUUUGGCACGAAGCCUUCCACGGAGUCGGUGGCCAGCGCCAGGCCUGCAGGCGAUUCUGUUAGUAAGGAUAGUGUGAACGCUACCUCCACCCCUGCGGCAUCAUCGCCCUCAGUGUUGACAACCCCGUCCAAAAUUGAACCUAUGAAAGCAUUCGACUCCCGAUUCACGGAGCGGUCUAAAGCCACACCAGGUGCUCCUGCCUUGGCCAGUUUGACUCCGACGGCCGUGGAAAGGUUGAAAGAGCAGAGCCUUGUGAAGGAGCUGAGGCCCCGGGAUGUCCUGGAGAGCAGCAGUGACAGCGACGAGAAGGUCCCUGUGGCCAAGCCCUCCUCGCUUUCCAAGCGGAAGCUAGACCUGGAGGUGGAGACAGUGGAGAAGAAGAAGAAAGGGCGGCCUCGGAAGGACUCCCGGCUCAUGCCCAUGUCCCUAUCCGUGCAGUCCCCCGCUGCCCUGACUGCAGAGAAGGAUGCCAUGUGUUUGUCUGUCCCAGCACCUGCACUGAAGCUGCCCAUGCCGGGUCCCCAGAGAGCGUUCACCCUCCAGGUGAGCUCCGACCCCUCCAUGUACAUCGAAGUGGAGAAUGAGGUGACGACUGUGGGGGGCACAAAGCUGAGCCGCUUGAAGUGUAGCCGGGAAGGGAAGGAGUGGGAGACGGUGCUCACUGGCCGGAUCCUCACUGCUGCCGGCAGCUGUGACGUGGUGUGUGUCGCCUGUGAAAAGAGGCUGCUGUCAGUGUUCUCCACCUGUGGGCGCCGCCUCCUCCCUCCCAUCCUCCUGCCGUCCCCGAUCUCCACUUUGCACUGCACCGGCUCCUACGUCAUGGCCCUCACCGCUGCGGCCACGCUGUCUGUCUGGGACGUUCACAGACAGGUGGUGGUGGUCAAGGAAGAGCCUCUCCACUCCAUCCUGGCAGGAAGUGACAUGACAGUUUCACAGAUCUUGUUGACACAGCAUGGAAUCCCCGUGAUGAACCUGUCUGAUGGGAAGGCCUACUGCUUUAACCCGUCACUGUCUACAUGGAACCUGGUUUCUGACAAGCAGGACUCCUUGGCCCAGUGCGCAGACUUCAGGAGCAGUCUGCCUCCCCAGGACGCCAUGCUGUGCUCAGGGCCCUUAGCCAUAGUCCAGGGCCGCGCCUCCACCAGCUCAGGUCGGCAGGCGGCCCGGCUUUUCUCCGUGCCGCAUGCUGUGCAGCGGGAAGCCACCCUGGCCUACCUGGAGAGCCAGGUUGCCGCAGCACUCACCCUGCAGUCCAGCCACGAGUACCGCCACUGGCUCCUCCUCUACGCCCGGUACCUCGUGAAUGAAGGGUUUGAAUACCGACUCCGAGAAAUAUGCAAGGACUUACUGGGUCCGGUUCACUCCUCCACUGGAAGCCAGUGGGAGUCCACAGUAGUGGGUCUGCGGAAGAGGGAUCUGCUGAAGGAGCUGCUGCCUGUCAUAGGGCAGAACCUCCGCUUCCAGCGCCUCUUCACCGAGUGUCAGGAACAGCUCGACAUCCUGAGAGACAAGUAGCCUGCCCAGGCCCACCCCAGCCACAGCGAACGCAGAGCCGCCUCUCACCUCGCUGGGCCACAGGAGGAUGAAGAGAUGCUAGUAGGGGGUGGGCUGUCCUGCACCAGCACUGGCCCAGCCCCCUGGGCAAACUUCCCCUGUGUCCUGGGCCUAUUGCCCCUCAGGGAGGCAGCUCUGCCCACAAUUCAUCCCUCCCUCCAGGACCUCAGUGCAGAGCGGGGGCCAAUGAGGCACUCCAAGGCCGGCUGUCUCCAGCACGGCCCCAAGGUGGAUACUAGCCCCUGCCACUGGAGGUGCUGUGCUGCUCCCGCUACAACAAAUGAGCCAUGUGUGUGAGAGAGCGAGCCCAGAGACGCUAGUGUACUGUGUGGUCAGCAGACUGACCUGAGACCUAUGUGAAAGGAAAGGCUAUCCAACACACGGACUAUUUUUGUACUAGAAUUUGCUAACUUGUAAUAUGGAAUUUUCCUUUUGGCCAAUAAUCAGGAUUUCCCUAUAAGUCACUUGGACAUUGGUCACUUGUAGGAAAUUUAAACUCUAAUUAUGACAGCUACAUUGAAAACAAAUUGUACUGAAAUUAACUUGUCUAUCUUCAUUUGGUUUUAAUUUUUCAAUGUUUGUAAAAAGAGACUUUUGGGGGGAAUAGGGCGGAGGGCGGGUGAUUUCUUUUGUAAGUAUAAAAUAAAUGAACACGCAUUGGAUACCAAAUGA